AUGCUAGGCUUGAUUGAAACCAAGAAGGAGGUUGUGUCUAGGUUUGAUGUAGCACGUCUGUGGGGUUGUGAUACGGUGGACUGGGAGUGUGUGGAGUCUGUUGGUGCAUCGGGUGGUUUGCUGUUAAUGUGGGAUAAUUUUCUAUUUACAAGACUGAAUUGCUUUAAAGGGGACGACUGGCUGUGCGUGGAGGGUAUUCUGACAAAAAAUAAUUUCAAAUGUGUUUUCUGCUUGAUAUAUGGUGCACAUGUUAGGAGUGAAAAACUGGUAAUGUGGGAGGAGUUAAGCUAUAUGGUGGGUCUUUGUCAGGUUCCGUUUUGCUUCAUGGGAGACUUCAAUGAGAUACUACAUUUGGAAGAAAGGAAAGGGGCUACUAGUCUACCGGCAUCUGUGGAGGAUUUUAAAGAUUGGGUACAAGAUAUGCAGUUAGUUGAUUUACCGUUAACUGACCGGAAGUUCACAUGGUUUCGAGGUCAAUCUUGUAGCCGCAUUGACAGGGUCUUGGUCAGUUUGAAAUGGCUUGAGGAGUUCCCAGACACUCGUUUGAAAGGAGGACCACGAGGCCUAUCAGAUCAUUGUCCUUUGAUUCUAGAAGACUCUAGAAUCGGUGCGGGCCCAAGACCUUUUCGCAGUUUGGAUUCCUGGUUUACACAUGAGGGAUUUCUGAAGUUGGUAAAGGAUGAGUGGAGGAAACUGGGAGACGACAUGUUUACAAACAAGCUGAAGGCGUUGACAGUACCGCUCAGGAGAUGGCAUACGGAUAAUUUUGGGGAUAUGGAUAAUAGAAUAAAGAAAUUUGAGGAGGAGAUCAAGAAGAUUGAUGACAAGGUCAGUGCUGGUAGUUAUGAUGGAACAAUGGAGGCUAGACGUAAGGCACUGGUGACUUGUUGCGCGAAGUGGUAUGUCAGAAAAGAGGUGCAUUGGAAGCAGAUGUCCAGAUCCAAGCAUGCUAGAGAUAUGGACAGGAACACUAGAUACUUCCAUAACUUAGCUUCGGCAAGGAGGAGGAACAACAGAAUAGAUUCUUUAAUGAUUAAUGGGAGGCCGGUACAGAAUCAGGCUAGAAUAAAGUCUGAGAUUGUGGGCUUUUAUAAAGAUCUAUAUAUACAGGAGCAUGCCCCUUUGAUUGGGAUCCGUGAUGGGCUGGUUAAGCAGAUUACUGAUGAAGAGGCAGCAAUGUUAGAGGAGAUGCCAUCGACAGAUGAAGUACGAGAGGCAGUCUGGGAUUGCGAGUCCAGUAAAGCUCCAGGUAGUGAUGGCUAA